AUGUGGGUGAGCUUGGAGGCUAGAAAUAAACCAAAUGAUGAUGAUGAUGGUGGUGGUGGUGAUUAUAAGAGUGAGGGUGAUGAUGAGGGCGAGGAGCCAGGUUUCCCCAUCUGCUCUGGAACCUUCCAGUGGGUUGGGGACAUGUGGGGGCAGACCAGCCAGCCAGGAAUUGUGGAGGUUACAGAAAUUUAUGUGAACCAACAGAACAAGAUGCAGACAGAGGCAUCCAAAGACAAGACGAGGAGAAGACCAGGCCAUGAGAAAGGUGCUGAUGACCCUAACUAUGAGAAUAUAACCUUUCAAAGCUGGGGCCAGCCAAAGGAUGUUCGGCUAGCACCCAAACAAGUCACAGCCCAGCCUAUGUCAUUUGGGAACACGGCGCAGGUCCCUGCCUGGCUACACAGAGCCAUCAUGAGCCUGUACAUCUUUAUGGCCCUGGUGUUCCUGUUGUGUAUUGUGCUCACUGCCUUGGUCUUGGUGAAGAAUUCUAGGAUGUCCACAGAGCUGCUAGGCUUGAAAAGGGAGUUUUGGAAUGUCUCAGACUCCUUGCGGAACUUCCAGGAUGAGGAGAGGAGAAACUGGACCACCACCCAGCAGGCUAUCAACAGUGCCAAGGGUACUAUCAUCUCCAUGGAGAACAAAGUCUAUGCCGAGGUCCAAAAGCUGAGGAUGGUGCCCACAGAACCUAAUCCUUCAUAAAGCAGAGGACACAGCGGCCACUGCAUGAGAUGGGCGCACCCUUGCCAGCAAAGAUGAAAAAUGGGGAGGGGGGGGGUCCUCCAGUUGUGCAUACAGAAUCAUGUGUCAGGGGGGAAUGAAUAUUGUAGUGUGUGUGUGUGUGUGUGUGUGUGUGUGUGUGUGUGUUCUAAGACUUGAAC